UCAACGCGGAAGUGGCUAUGAAUUGUUUCAGCGCAUCCUCGUAUUAGUGUUUUUAUUUUAAACUACGGCUACAAAUACACAACUUAAGGUCAGUUUAUUAAACACGGAGACUCGUAGCUUUGUGUAAUGUGUCUAGACAGUGUGUCGGGGUGACAUGGGACGCUGUGGCCGCUUCUCCUCCGUGUUACUCUGCAGGAAGCGUCAUGUCGGUUGUUUGUUAGCAAGUUACCUCACUAGCUGAACUUACUCCUUCCUUAAAGUGUCCGCCAGCCAUCCGGCACCAUGAAAGUCCGCUCGUCUGUGUUCGCCUCGUUUAUUUUGAUAUUUGAAGUGAUCGGCGUGGCCCUGUUCUUGCGGGGCUUCUUCCCGGUACCUGUCAAGUCCUCCUUCUCAUCAAAGAGCAGCCUGUCAGAUCUGCCCGCGGAGCCACUGACAGGCAGCUCUCCUAAUUCCUCUCGCCUCCCGCAGCCCCUGUUUAAGAGGGUGGUUAUAAUGCUGGUGGACGCCCUCAGAGAGGACUUCGUGUUCGGACCCAAUGGGCGCAUGUUCAUGCCCUACACCAGGCAUGUGGUGGAGAGAGGCUCCUCUCACAGCUUUGUGGCCAAGGCCAGACCUCCUACAGUCACUAUGCCCAGGAUCAAGGCUCUUACCACUGGCAGUAUCCCAGGCUUCAUUGAUGUGGUAAUGAACCUAAAUUCUCCUGCACUGUUGGAAGACAACCUCAUUUGGCAGGCCAAAACAGCAGGGAAGAGGAUAGUCUUCUAUGGAGAUGACACCUGGGUGCGCCUCUUCCCGAAACACUUCAUGGAGUACGAUGGCACGACCUCCUUUUUCGUGUCCGACUACACCGAGGUCGACAACAAUGUGACGCGUCACUUGGACAGCACUCUGAAGAGAGACGACUGGGACAUUUUGAUCCUCCACUACUUGGGCCUGGACCACAUCGGUCACAUCAGCGGACCGCACAGCUCGCUCAUCCAGCCCAAGCUGCUGGAGAUGGACGACAUCCUGAAGAAGAUCCACAGCGCUCUCAUUUCAAAGGAGGCAGAGGGAUCCUUGCCCUACCUGCUGGUGCUGUGCGGAGACCACGGCAUGUCGGAGACCGGCAGCCACGGCGGCUCCUCGGAGCCAGAAGUCAAUACGCCUCUGGUGCUCAUAAGUCCGGCCUUCAAACGAAAAGUGGGAAUGGAGCAGCCUGGAGUGGUGGAGCAGGUUGACCUGACUCCGACCCUGGCCCUGGGACUCGGCCUGCCCAUAUCUCAGAACAGCGUGGGCCGCCUCAUCCAGGGUGUCUUGGAGGAAACCUCACUCAGAGACCAGCUGCGCUUUCUGCAUCUCAAUGGCCACCAGCUCAGCUGCCUGCUCAAAGACAGCGUGCUCGAGUAUGAGAAAGACCCAGGUUUUGAGCAAUUUCGAGUGGCAGAAAAGGCUCAUGGGAACUGGAUGAAGCUCUACCUGGAAGGGAACACCUCUGAGGUGCUGACCAACAUGGGCAAAAAGGUCCUGAAGCAGUACCUGGAGGCCUUAGCUGCCAUGAGCUCUGCUCUCAGCAAGCAGCUGGGCAAAUACGACAUGUACUCGAUGAUCGCGGGCAUGGUGUUCGUGUUUCAGCUCCUGUUGGUCUUACUGCUGGCGAUGCCUGAAGCCCUCAGCGGCGGAGCAGCGGUGGACCUCCCAGUCCUCUCGGCCCUGCUCUCCCUGCCUUUCUACCUCUUGUGCCUGCUUCUUGCCUCAGUGCACGUCUUGGUGUGCACAUCUGCUGAGAGCUCCUGUUACUUCUGUAGUCUCUCCUGGGGUCUGGUGUUUGCUGCUGUUGCCUUCUCCUCGGCAAUGUUCUGUAUUCUGGUCUCUAUAGCAACACGGAGACUCCCCCUGGGACCAAAGAUUCACGGGAAGUCUCCACUGAGGAGCAGCGGCGGCGAGUGGUCGCUGUCGGAGCUGGAUGUUUUGCUGCUCGCCGGCACCGUCGGCCACACGCUCAGCUUGGCGGCCAGCAGCUUCGUAGAGGAGGAGCACCAAACCUGGUACUUCCUGCUCAACACGCUCUGCCUCGCCGUCUUCCAGGACGUCUGCCGCAAGUACUUCAGAGAGAAGAGAGGCUCUGGAGAAGAAGAGGAGCACCUUCUCCCUUCCAAAGACAGUCACGCCUCUGAUCACCCCAAAGCUGAGAUGUACUCAGAGAAGUGGCUGGCGUUGGCCACGCCACCCUUCACUCUGGUCUGCUGCAGGCUGCUGCGAUCCCUCAACCAGACAGGGGUGCAGUGGGCUCAUCUUCCUGACGUCGGACACUGGCUGAACAGCUCCGAACACAGGAUGGUCCUCUCCCUGCUGUCAGCAUUCUGUUUGGUUCUUAUCUACCUUCUGGUUCAAAGACGUUGCUCGUGGGUCUCCAAGGUUGCCCUCGCCCUCGGACUUCUGGGUGUCUACAGCUACCGGGCAGCUGUCGGCAAUGUCUUGUUUCCCUGGCAACACGCUGGCCGAACUACGUCCAAGGGAACAGUGGAGGCACGCUUUGUUUACGUCUUUGUCUUGGGCAUCCUCUUCACGGGCACCAAGGACCUGUUGCGAUCCCAGAUCAUCACAGCAGAUGCCAAACUGAAGAGCAGGGGAUUAUGGGAGAUUUACAGCGGCUUGGUUUUGUUGGUUUCGCUGCUGUUUCGUGCUCACAACCUGCCAGUGCUCUGCUGCUGCCUGUUGAUCCAGACACUCAUGGCUCAGUUCAUCUGGAAGAAACUCCACUACGAUGCAGCCCAGACCACCAUCAUGCACUACUGGUUCGGUCAGGCCUUCUUUUACUUCCAGGGCAAUUCCAACAACAUAGCCACCGUCGACAUUUCUGUUGGCUUCGUCGGGCUGGAGAGCUACGUGGAAGCACCUGCCAUCUUCCUGACGGCCCUCAGCACCUACGCAGGACCGCUGCUGUGGGCGUGUCACCUGGUCUGCUACCUCAGCUCAGAGAGAGACAGGAGCCCCGUUGCGGUCGGACACGGUUGCUACUGUCUGGCCCUGCUGAGGUCGGUUCCCGCCGCUGCCUACAUCGUGCUGGUUACCGUCCUGCGUUAUCAUCUCUUCAUAUGGAGCGUCUUCUCGCCCAAACUGCUGUACGAGUCCAUGCACCUCCUGCUGACGGCGGGAGUCUGUCUGGUCUUCAACACCAUGGAGCAAAGCCACAGCUCAAGUAAGUCUUAGGGAGGCAAAGACUGAAAAUCUCCCCUUAAGGGCCAAACUGUGCAGAAGACUGUAACGCACUACAGUAAACCUUCACCCUCAUCCACCUCCGUCUGUUCACAGUGUGUGAGUAGAUGCUGCAGAAACAAGAGUCCAUCUGAACUUUAGGAAUGCACUUGUACUGUAUUUGUUUUUUGAGCAGUUUAUUUAAAUAUUUCAUUCUUUCCCGGAGGAGAGACGUUUGAGGAUGAAUAAAAGUGAGCUGUUGUAAAGAUUUGUGAAGAAGAAGAACUUUUUUUUGUUUGUUUUUGUUUUUUUUAAACUGUAAAUUACCUCAGGGACGAGCGUACGGUGAGCGACUCUGUGUAGGAGGACGGCGACGCUCCCAGCGCUUGUUUUCGCUGCACAGUUGCUUUCGCUUACUUCCGACUGAACUUUACUAGAUUGAAGCUGGGUCGAGCGAUGCCUGGAAACUAUGCGAGGUCAACGGAUUGUAAAGGCUUUCUGUCACGGCGGGAGGAGCACAGGUGUAGAGAUAAUAAAAGCAAUUACGACUGGAUUCCAUUUAGCUGCUUCAGUUUCAGGGUCCCGGUUUUGUCCCUUUUGUUGCGCCGACACUUGAAUAGAACGGAGCCGUUGUUAAUUUUAUUAUGUGCUUUUUUUUUCCCCCAUCGUGACACGUCUAAAGGUCUGCGGCGAGAAAAAGGUGGACUAAUUACAAGUUUGUGUUGUCUUGACCUAUAAGGGACGACAACAGGAGACGUCAGACAGGUAGAGAGGAGUUUAACCAGGCAGCAGGAGGAAACGCUGCAGCCAUUUCUCUUAACAACAUCCUCAAAUAUUGGGUUAGUUUGGUUGUUUUUAUUCUGAUCUCCUGUUGCUUGUGACGUUUUGGAAACGGCGACACAAAGCUGCACCAGAUGAACUCCUGUUGGUGUGAAACUUCCCCAAAGUGAGCUGGUUCAUAGAUUUUCUGCUUCUUGAAAGUGAGAUCAGCAGUUACAGUUAUUUCUGUUUGCUGCGUUUAUGCGAGACAAUAAAGUAAUUUUACGAAAUUAACUGCAAAGACCUUCCUCUCAGAUGGAUGUCUGGAGAAAACUGUGGACGAUCUGAGUGUUUAUUUAACCGAAAAUUGGGUUAAUAAUACAUUUGUGCCCUAAGAGGUUAAUAAUAAGACAUUUUCAUAGCAGCCAGUUUGACAUGAAACAGAAGGUAAACACAGGUGUUGGUCCUAAAUCCAAUAGAACCUUCAUUAAAGUGAAAAAAAAGAGUCGUUUCUUGCUUUAACUUGUCAUUAUGAAGUGCUGUAAAUGUUGAUUACACAAUGUAAUGGCUAUAGAAUAAUGACACCAUCAGUGUUUGGACCGGUUCCCAACUCUGUCUGCCGCCGCCGGGACGGAAAACUCCCCAGAAAGCCAGAGCAUGAUUUAUGGUCACAGGAACAACCGGAGCAUCUGUGGAAAGUGAACCUGAAAGAAAAAAGAGCCUCUCUGUCAGAGGAGGCAAAGGAGAGGGUGAUAGAAACUGAGGUAGAACUUCAGGCGGUCGCUCAAUUAGCCGACCUCCGGGACCGACAGCGUUUCUGCCGGGUCAGUGAUCGGGCUGAGCGAUGGAUCAAUUUCAAACUGAAGUCUCGAUUAGAAACGACGCAGUUAGCAGAUCCAGAGGCUGCAGAUUAGGAUGUGUACGUUAAGCAGCAUGUCGGCUUUAUUUAUUAAUAUGAAUACUUUAUUUAACCUGGUGGCAGAAUGUAUGAGAAUCCUGUUUUAAUGUCAGAGGUUGUUGACAGAAAAGUUCCAUUAUUAUUAUAAUUAUGGGAUUUUUU